AGCCCAGAUGAUCAGAACCCUGUGCCCUCUAUACUCUUUCUCUGCCCUGCUUGUCUUUCUGUAAACAACUCUGUGUAAGCAAGUUUCUGCUCAUCUGCAUCGCUGCCCCCCUCCCCACCAGUUAAACUGUUGCUUUUGUUGUCCCUGUGUUGUCCCUGGGUAGAAGGGUACAGAGGGAUCAUGUGGCUCCAGGCCCCCUGUUAACCCCACAGCACCAUUUGGGCUAUUAUCGGUGGAGUUUGUGUCCAGCAUCAACAAGAGGUCUUCUGCUGGCCUGGGUGACAUCCUAGGAAAACAUGGACGCUGGCAAAAUGACUGUGAGUAUAAACAAAGCUAUCAACACUCAAGAAGCUGCUGUGAAAGAAAAACAUGCAAGAACUUGUAUUUUGGGAACACACCAUGAGAAGGGGGCUCAGACCUUUUGGGUAGCUGUGAACCGCCUGCCUCUGUCCAGCAAUGCAGUACUCUGCUGGAAAUUCUGCCAUGUCUUUCACAAGCUGCUCCGAGAUGGUCACCCCAAUGUUUUGAAAGACUCUCUGCGUUACAAAAAUGAGCUGAUUGACAUGAGCCGGAUGUGGGGGCAUCUUAGUGACGGGUAUGGACAGCUAUGUAGCAUUUAUUUGAAGCUUCUGAACACCAAGAUGGAUUUCCACACAAAGAACCCUCGUUUCCCGGGCAACCUCCAGAUGACUGACAGACAGCUGGAUGAGGCGGGAGAAAAUGAUGUCAAUAAUUUUUUUCAACUCACUGUGGAGAUAUUUGAUUACAUGGAAUGGGAGCUUAAUCUGUUUAAUGCAGUUUUUAAAUCUUUGGACAUGUCGCGUUCAGUGUCUGUCACUGCAGCUGGCCAGUGCCGCCUCUCUCCGCUCAUACAGGUCAUCUUAGACUGCAGUCAUCUGUAUGACUACACUGUGAAAUUACUUUUCAAACUGCACUCAUGCCUCCCCACAGACACAUUACAGGGACAUCGAGAUCGCUUUAUGGAACAAUUUCAGAAGCUGAAAGAUUUGUUCUACCGUUCAAGUAACCUACAGUAUUUCAAACGUCUGUUACAGAUUCCUCAGCUUCCAGAGAAUCCACCUAAUUUCUUGAGGGCCUCAGCCUUGUCUGAACACAUCAGCCCGGUGGUUCUUAUACCUACAGGAAAUUCCCCUCCUGACAGUGAGACGUUAGUGGAGACAGAUGAUCUUGUUGGAAUGGAUUCUUCUUCUCAGGGUAUGCCUGAGAAUAAGUUCGAUGACAUCUUUGGGAGCUCCUUCAGCAAUGACCCUUUCAAUUUCAGCAGCCAAAAUGGCAUGAGCAGGGAUGAUAAAGAUCGCCUGAUAGAGCAACUAUAUAAAGAAAUUGCCAUUUUAAGAGAUGAACUGGGAAACUUCAAAGGAGAGAGUAAUCGGUUGGUUGUUCAUCUAAAGGGGCGCAUCCAAGAGCUAGAGGCGGAGCUAGCGGAGCAGAAGCACCUGAAGGAACAGGCAGUGGAUGAGAAUGAGUUUCUGCGAACAGAGCUGGAGGAUUUGAAGAGGAUAAAACAAGAUACUGAGAAAGCCCAGAAGAAUCUAACAGAGAUAGAGAGAAAAUCUAUAGCUAAUGAGCAACGAUACACCAAGCUAAAGGAGAAGUAUGCAGAACUGGUGCAGAGCCAUGCAGAGCUUCUCAGAAAGAAUGCUGAAGUCACCAAACAGAUGACGGUUGCUCGAGAAGCUCUGGGAGAUGUGGAAUGUUCCAAGAAAGAGCUGGAGGAUUCAUAUCAGCGUGUAAAUGAGCACACGCAGAGGAAGGCACAGGAGCAGAUACAACAAAUGGAUAACUUACAGGGGGCACUAGAGAGCAGUAAACAGGAGAUUCAGCUUCUGAAGAGCAGCAUGAAAACCUCCAAACAGGAGAGCCAAGCACAAGUGAAGGAGAUUGAAGACAGUGUUAUACAUCGCAUUCUUCAAGAGGCAGAGACGAUCAUACAGGAAUCCCUCCAACAAUUGGAUGAGCCUCUCUAUAACAGUGGCAGCGUGUCUACAGAUUUUUUAAUCUCCAGAACAGUGGCAGCUGUAGAGAGCACAGAGAAACUAGCGGAAGCAUGGAAAAAAACUUCAGAUGUGAACUGCUUGUUGCCAUGUCUGGUUCAGUUUGCACGUAGAAUCAGCGACGUGAUCCUGCAAGGUGCUCAGACCAGAACCUCUGACAAGUUAAGUGACAGCUGUCGGACAUGCGGCACAGAAGCUCUUAACUAUCUCUCCAGUCUACGGAAUAAAGCAGAGAAUGAAGUGGACUGCAGCCAAAUUACUGCCACACUCAAGCUAAUAGCUGAUAUUGCUCAGGAGCUGCGUCCUCCGUCUCUUGAUAUAAAAGAGGAGGAGUUGGGUGACCUGGUGGAGAAAGAAAUGACAGCCACUGCAGCAGCUGUAGAAACGGCUGCUACCAGGAUUGAGGAAAUGCUGAAGAAGUCUCGGACGGAUGAUACUGGACUAAAAUUACAAGUCAAUGAACAGAUUCUGGGGUCAUGUACAGAUCUCAUGCAGGGAAUCUAUGCUUUGAUUCUGGCCUCAAAGGACCUUCAGAAAGAGAUUGUGGAGAGUGGAAGGGAAGCAGCAUCUCCAAAAGAGUUCUAUGCCAGAAACUCACGGUGGACUGAGGGGCUGAUUUCUGCUUCCAAGGCCGUGGGGUGGGGAGCCACUGUUAUGGUAGAUGCUGCAGACCUUGUUGUUCAAGGACAAGGGAAAUUUGAAGACCUCAUUGUGUGUUCCCAUGAAAUUGCAGCCAGCACAGCCCAGCUUGUAGCAGCUUCCAAGGUAAAGGCGGAGAAGGACAGUGCUAACCUGACCAGAUUACAGCAAGCUUCAAAAGUAGUAAAUCACAACGCUGCUGGUGUGGUGGCUUCCACAAAAUCAGUCAAGUCCCAGAUUGAUGAAGUAGACACAAUGGACUUCUCUACCUUGACGCUAACUCAAAUUAAACGGCAAGAGAUGGAUUCACAGGUGCGAGUUCUAGAGCUAGAGAGCCAGUUGCAGAAGGAGAGAGAAAAGCUGGGAGAAUUACGUAAAAAGCAUUAUGAAAUUGCUGGUGUCUCUGAGGGCUGGGGAGAUGAUGAUGAAUAAAGUGCGAUGAUACUUCCUCUCACAACAGAGAAAGCACACACAACGGAUAACUCAGAAAGCACACGUCUAUGGCAUUCAAUUCAACUCUCCUCAACACAGCCAGGACUGGCCAGGUCUAGCUGGCACUGAGUAUUCAAAUGGGCUUCAGAAAAGCGGAAGGACAGCACAAAAGAAGCACCAGUGGUCACAGAAGGAAGCUGGGAUCUGGCUAAACUUUACACUGCCUCUCAUGGUCAACCACCACUCACCUUCAGUACUCGGAGGACUAAAACCCAAUUAAGUCUCUUGUGCUUAUAGUUUAGGAUCACACAAGGGGGGCAGUGCAAAUCUAAACAAGUGUGGAAUGGUGGCCAUAGGCUUUCGGCCUGAUAGAUUUUCAGACUGGCUGUUUUACAGGAUCACAAAGGUGCUUCAUAGCAGCAUUCAAAGAAACUCCAUGUUGAAUGACUAGGAGCAUCAAUAAGCUUCUAUGAUAUAUAAAGGAAAUUGUUGCAGCUCCUAUAUUCCAGUAAUAUUUAAAUUAGCUUAUGAUGAAAAUGGACUUGCCUUAUAGGAAGGUGGCCAAGAGUACAGUCGUUGGAGGAUGAAGUUUCCAUGGGAACCAUUAUAGUUCUGAUGCUCUGAGCAUUAACACAAAGCUGAACCAUCUAUUUGGAAGCAUAGUAAUUAAAUCCGUGAUGAAAGUAAACAUUUAGAAAUGUUUGGAAGAUAAGAAUAUGACACUGCAUUUAUGUGCAGUCUGGGUUGAAGUGAUAAUAGAAGGGAUGAAACGCUCUUAUGACCUGUGUUCAUGCAAUAGAUGUACGGCAAUGUUGGAAUUACACAUAUUUAAAUCCCAGACAUAGAUCUCUGCCUAGAGUUCUAUUUCACAACAAAGCCCAUGUGGAGUUUCUCCAGUGGCUGGUGCUGCCUGGGCUUUCCUCCCGGGGUCCUGUAAUUUCCUGCUCUGCCAUCCAUAAAUGCAGAAGAAUUAGAUACUUGGAAUUACUCACGCCUCCACUAUGUCCGAACACACUGUGAGACAGAAGGCACAUUACAUAGGCCCUGGUGUUAUAAUGACUUCACACACGUGACAUUAUAUGUGGCACUUCUAAAUGUCACUAUUGCAUUUACACAAAUAAACCCAUGUUCAUUUU